UGGAAAUAUUCUGUUAUUAAUGUGAAAGCUCAAAUCACUAGUCGUGGAAGUGAAUAAAAAUGUGCCGUGUCAAAGUAUGCGCUUGAAUUUGUCGGAUUGUUCGACGAUUCCAAACGUCUUCUGAAUCUCAAGCAACGUCUCUGCCAUCAAUAUACCUAUCAGCUAAAUACCGGAUUAAAUAUUUCAUCCUGGUUUUUAUUUUAAUUUUUGAAAUCAUCAGCCGUCUUGAAUAUGGAGUUAUUUAAAUUGUCUCUUUAAAUUUCGUAACAGGAAGAGGCCGAAGCAGAAGAAAGCCCAUGAAUAAACUAACCCGUUUGAACAAACUUAUCCGCUUGCUGGCUUCAGCCGAGGCCAAUUCACAUUCAUGGACGUCCCGUGGAUCGAACCUUGGCCUCCGAAAUCCCCAGUCUCCAUUAAAAGUUCAUGUCAAUCGACAGACGAAAACCCACCCCCUUACAACCCUCACGCAGGACACCUCCGUCGCCCACGUAUCGAAUCUGGGACCUGAUGAUGACGAAAAGUACAGAGAGUUGGAGUCACUUCUUAAGCGUAACUGUACACGCAAACAUUUUUCCAGAGCAGUAGACGCUUUUUAUGAAAUUAGAGUAUUAGGGUUUUGUCCCCCGGUAAAAACGUGCAAUAAAAUGCUGGAAUGUUUAGUUAGGGUUAAUAACACAGGUCUGGUUUGGAGGAUUUACGGUGAAAUGGUCGAAAGCAAUGUUGCAGUGGACGUGGGUACUUUUGAUUGUUUGAUCCAGGCUUUUUGUAAGGAAGGGAAGGUUAAAGAAGCUUAUGAUUUGCUUGGAGAGGUAUUGGAAAAUGAUUGGGUUCCAAAUGUGGUUACUUUUACUAAGAUUAUAGCCAGGUUUAGUAAGUUAGGGUUUUUAACUAGGGUUUCUGAGCUUGUGCACUUGAUGAUUGCUAAAGGUUGUAUGCCGGAUGUUGCUACUUACAAUUCUGUUAUUUGUGGGCUUUGCAAGCAUGGCAGGGUUGAGGAGGGUAUUAGGGUUUUUGUUGAUUUGAAAGAGAGAGGGUACAGGCCUGAUGUUAUCACUUAUACUGUUCUCAUAGAUGGGCUUUGGAAGGCAGGUAAGUUGGAAUUUGCUAGGGAGCUCUGGGGACAAAUGCAGCAGAAUGGGAUUAGGCCUAAUCUGGUCUCAUACAAUGUACUUAUCGAUGGUUAUUGCAAGCAUGUGAAUUUGGGUCAUGCAAAGGAGCUGUUUUUGGAAAUGUCUGAUAAGGGUAUUAAGCCACGUAUAUGGGCUUAUAAUACGUUGAUUGCAGGGCUUUGUUUAGAGAAAAGGAUUGAUGAGGCUCUCAGUGUUAGAAGUACGAUGCUUGAAAAGGGCUUGUCUGGAGAUGUGGUAACUUAUAAUACUUUCAUUCUUGCAUACUGCAAUCAGGGAAAUGUACAGAAGGCCUUGGAAUUUUAUUGGGGACUCUUGAUAGAGGGUUUGAAGCCUACUGUUUCUACAUAUACUCCAUUGAUCAGUGAGCUCUGCAAGGAAGGCAAAAUGAAGACUGUGAUGAGAAUGUUUAAAAAAAUGUUGGAGAUGGGUUUGGUUCCAUUUUGUUGCACUCAUGAUGAUAUUGUUGUUGGGCAUUGUGGACAGGGUGAUACUGUCGAAGCAAUGAGUGCAUUUAAUAGAAUGCUGGAAGCUGGAUUGAAACCAAGUGAAAUGACCUUCAGGGUGCUGAUAACAAGUCUCUGUGGGGAAGGUAAGGUGGAUGAUGCAUUGUGGGUGUUAUGGAAAAUGAUAGAGAAGAGGUAUACGCCUGUGGCAUCUGUUUGGAGUAGUUUGGUGAGCCAUAUUUGCUCACAAACUUUGAACGACAUGGAAAUGCAUUUUGAGAAGGUCUUGAAGGUUGACAAGUACUAAUUAACAUGUAAUCGUCUUCUUUGGAUGACAAUAAGAUCCUUAAGCUGCUUCAGCUUCAUGUUGUCUUGCCAAAGAUGUCUUUUGUUCCUCAUAGAACAUUUUCAAAGAAGAAAGUGCCGAAUGUUCAGAAAAUCUUUAAUUGGUAAGAAGUCUCCAAGGGAUAGAAACUCCUCUGCAUAAGGCUUCAUCUGCAGUGGAUGUUCUUAGUCAGAGGUUUCAUGGCAAUCUCCCUUUGUUAUUCGAUUGCAGAUCAAUCUAGGGUUUCUUCUGUUUCUUGUGAUCUUGAUGAAUGGAUGGCGCUUAUAUCAAGGAGCGGGGGAUCAAAUGCUGGGUACUUGUAUAUCUAUUGCAACCUUAUCUUUUGUGGCACAGAAUAUGUGUCAGUUACGGGAAGAGUUGAUUGGCUAUGCUCGGGAGCUUCAAAUACAGUAUAUGUAUCCUGUAGGAGCAAGAAUUGCUACUUCAGGCUGCAAAUGCGUCGACCUCACUGUUUCUUCCCUGCAGGCAGCAAAUGCGUCAAUCUUCUGUGCAAUAAUGACUUCUAAAUCUGAGUUUUGCAAACUUUGUGCAAAAAAAAAGGUAAAUAUGCCAUGUGAAAAUUUGUAUAAAUGUCAAUCACAGGCUGAAUGCUUUGAAAAUUGUGUGGGUAAACCUGGCAGUUUUUUUCUGCAAUCUUUUACCAAUGUAAACAUGUUUACAUGCCAAAAAUGCAUUAAAAAUUGCAGGUCAAUGAUUUUGUAAAAAAAACACAAUUUUUUGAGGAAAAAAUUGGCAAGCCUGCUGCUUUUCUGUU